CCUCGGCCACGACUGUCAGUUGAGUCCAGCUGGGAGGAGGCCCAGGGCCGCCCAAGAUACUUGUGUCCGGUGGCGGAUUAGCUGCCGGAGCCCAGGCUGCGCCCACCUUUCUCCCUGCUGAGCAGAGGGCUCUGUCCCACCAGGUGCCCAAGAGCUGGACCAUGAGGCUGGCCGUGGCAGCCCUGCUCCUGGGCCUCACGAUGAUGGCCACCGGAGACGAGGGGGACAAGGACCCGUGCGUAUACGAAGCCCUGCCUGACAACGACGCUGUCCUCUGCAAGGGCCUUAAGGUUUUCUACCCAGAGUUGGGGAACCUCGGCUGCAUGGUUGUUCCGGAAUGCAACAACUACAGACAGAAGAUCACCUACUGGACCGAGCCGAUCGUCAAGUUCCCCGGGGCCUUGGACGGUGCAGCCUACACCCUGGUGAUGGUGGAUCCGGAUGCCCCCAGCAGGUCUUCUCCCAAAGCUCGAUUCUGGAGACACUGGCUGGUGACAGAUAUCAAGGGCGCUGACGUGAAGAAAGGGAAGAUUCAGGGCCAGGAGUUAUCACCCUACCAGCCUCCUUCCCCACCAGCACAAAGUGGCUUCCAUCGCUACCAGUUCUUCAUCUAUCUUCAGGAAGGAAAGACCAUCUCUCUCCUUCCUAAAGAAAACAAAACUCGAGGCUCUUGGAAUAUGGACAGAUUUCUGAGCCGCUUCCACCUGGGCGAACCUGAAGCCAGCACCCAGUUCAUGACCCAGAAUUACCAGGACACGCUGCAUCACCAGACUCCGGGAGGAAGCAGUGAGCCCGAGGACAAACCUGAACCGAGAUAACUGCCCGCCAGACCUCAGGCUUCACGUUGCAGGUUCUCCCUGAAAUUGCUUGAAGCGUAAUCCAAAACACCUGGAUUCAACAUGAUUCUAAUGAGUUCGUUGGAAUGUAGGCACAAGCAGAGGUUUCAAAUGGAAGUGUGUGGCUGGCUUGGCGAGGAGCCUGUGACCUCUGUGACAACCUAGGGCAGUGGGACCUUUGCUCAGAGUGGCACAGAUGCUACUCCACCUACCGGGAGCCCCGGCAGAAAUGCUGCUCCUCCCUGACGUCCCUGUGAGCUGUACCCCCUCCCCUCCCCUGGGCAGGGGCUCCUCCCCUACCUUGAGUGCUGGGUCCCAGGGGUGCUGGGAAGCAGGUCCAGCUAGUCUUUCUUCUAUUCAUUGCCUUCUGCACAGUUUUUAUACCUCUCCUUCCUCUUACCCACACCUGCCAUCUCCUUUCUUUUCCCUAACAGCCAGAAUGGGGACAAAGGCUGAAAUUAAGAGCGGCAGCUUUGGAGUCACAAGGCCGUGAGUUCAAAUCUCAGCUCAGCCACUUCCUGGCCAAGGGUCCUCCAACUAACUACUCAGACUCUUUCCAACACCUUAGAUCU